AGCUGCCAUUUGAACCAGAGCGGCGCUCCCAUGGGCAGACCACUUCAAACAUUUUCACGGACAUAAACACCCACCAAGAAGUGCCCGCUGAGAUAGUUUGCAGACACAGAAAGUCUGAGAAGACACCUGAAAAAGUAUGUGUCAAGAAGUCUGAGGAUUGUGCCCCAUCUCUAAAAAAAAUCCUUACUUUCCUUUUGUGAGAGCAAAAGAUAAAUUGUAUAACAUGGCUAAUGAGACAACAGUACAAUCCUCAUGUAUUGAGGAAAAUCCAGAGGUUGACGAAUGUCGUGAAAAUAUUCCACCCGGAGACACUGCUGCAGCUGGGACUUCAAAGCUUAAGAUCCAAGUAGGAGAUGUGGAUGGAUAUUCCUCUGCACAGCCAAAUGUAGAAAAUAAGCCUCUCUCUGAUACCUGCACCUUUUCAACUCCAGCUCCAGCUAGCAGCAAUGGUGGAGUCAAGGCAAAGUCACGGAUCUCUGGUCUCCAGUCUGCUCUAACACCUAUUUUAAAAUACUUAAACAUUGGCAAUAAACGUCCAUCUCCAGAGCCCUUAAAACAUGGAAAGAAUCCUCAUUACAGUGCUUCCACAUCAGAUUUCUCCAUUUCUGGGCAAUCAUUGGGUGAUAAGGAUGCUCCUGUGUGCUGGCUGCAAGAUGAAUACUUGCCAGAAAUUACUCUCCUUGAUUUAACCUGUGAUUCCACAAUGCAGAUGACUAGAAAUGAUUCAGCUCUUCCUGACAGCACGCCUGCAACUCCUGUAACUGCUAGGCCUGUGAAGAGCACAUUUUCCACUCUCCAGCCCUCCCAGUUGAGUUCCUCCUCUGAUAUAAACACUACAGCUCAAAAAUCCUGCCCUCUGAAUAAUACAGUGAAUCCUCUCCCGUCAGACAGAGAGGCUGCAGAUCAGGAUAGUUCAGUCUCUAAGAGCACUUCUCAAAUUUCCCUUGGUAUGAAUCAGAGUAGUCCAGCUGGUGAUGCAUGUGAUGUGCAGAGCACCAUUUUUGAUAGCUCUUCUAUUCAAAAAUCCAUUGGCAGUACUAUUUUAGGGAAAGCCAGUGAUCCAGCUCUUAGUCUCCAAAAUGACACUUUUGAUAGUAAACCUUCUUGCAAACAGAAUGGCACAAUAAAUGCACUUAAAAGCAAAGUCCACCCUCCUAUAAUGUCAAAACAUAAUGUAACAACUGGUACAGACCCUAGUGCAGAGAUGGAUGACAUCCCAGAGAGCAUGUUUGCUCCUGAGCGCUGGCUGGAUGACCGAUAUUUCCCAGAAAUUACUCUCCUUGAUGUUACACGUGAUUCAGAGCCAUCACCAGCAGCAGAAAAAUCCUCUGCAGAGGUCACGCAUAAUAUUCCACCAGUGGAUAUUGUGAAAAACACUAGGCCUUUGUCAGAGCUCAGUGAAAAAAUUGUGGCAGAGCCUGGCAAAUUGGACAAGAGUGAAGAAUGUACUGAAGAAAGCACUCUGACUUCCAGUGUCACCCACACCACCAGCUCCAUUGGUGAACAAUCUGAUAACUGUGUGAGGGAAAACAUCAUGAAAGCUUCAUUGGAGGGAACUCGGGAUAUAUCUAUGGGCAGCAUUUUGGAAAACAGUGGGUCUUCACCAGAGCCCAGUGGCCAAAACAUGGUGAAUAGUCAAACAUCAGCUGAGGACACACUUGGAACACAUCCUGCUAAUGUCACUCGCGACAUGAGCUCCUCCAGUGACAUAUCUGUCCAGUGUGCUACAUCACAGAUCUCCUCCUCUGAUGUGCAGUGUAACACUAAUUCAAAAAAUGUCACCUCUGAGCUUAAUGUUAAACCUGUGGAGACCUCUAAUGCUGUGGGUGCUAACAGCGAAGAGCUACUUAUUAGCCAUGAUGCUGAGUUGACAGGCCAAAUGUCACAACAAAGUCCCAAAACCACUCAGUCUGCGAACGGCACAUUUUCCAUUGUCCAGCUGUCCAACCUGAGCACCACCUCUGAUUUAAAUACAACUGCUCAAAUAUCCUGCCCUCAGAAUAAGACUCUGGAUCUUCCCUCAUCUAAUGUAAACAGUCCCAAAGCAGAGAGUGAGGCUACAGUUCAGGUUAGCACAGACCUUAAGAGCACACCUAAAACUUCUCUUGGUAAGAAUCAAGAUUGCUCAUCUGUAAAGGCAAGUGGUCCAUGUGAUGUGCAGAAUGGCACUUUUGAUGGGCAUUCUCCUCAAAAAUCUAGUGUUGGUGUUAAUGCAGGUGAAGCCGGUGCUGCAACCUUUUGCCUCCAGAACAACACUUUUGAUAGCAAACCUGCUUCUGAACAGAAUGGCACAAUAACGUUGUCAGAACCAAGCUCAGGUGAGAGUCACCAGAAUACUAUGGACAAGCCCUCUCCUUCAAAAGUCUGUAAUCCAAGCACUAUCCUUAAAGAUGGCAAUUCUGAAGUCCACACUUCUGAACUGUCAAAACAAAAUGCAACCACGACUAGUACAGACCCCAGUGUCAAGGUGGCUGACACCCCAGAGAGCACAUUUGAAGUUAAUCCAGCUGUAGAGGUAGCUUCUGGGGCUGGUGCAUGUGAAACCAAGGAUCCUUCACAAUCAAGUCCACCUGUGACAGAUGACCUCUCCGACACUUUGGGCCACCAAAGCAUGCAUACAGAGAACAACAACGCAAACACAUUCAAUUUGGAUGAAACCCUAGAUUUAAGGGUAGAAUCUUUGGUCACCUCAACACCAAUGACGAGCUGCAAAGUGUUGCACUUCAGCAUUGAACAUGAGGAGGGCAAAACCACAGCAGCGCAGAAGAAACUGUACGAGGGUGGAUCCACUAAGCUGAUUGGUCAGGUGCCAUCAGAUGUUCCAUCAAACAUCAUCUCUGACCGGAAAACGUUCUUUACACAACCCGCCGCUAAAUCCCUUUUGCCACCUUUGAAAGCUGCAUCCCAGCUUUUGAAAUACAAGCCAGCCUCGGCGCUUCCAGGGAGGUGUGAGCUGUCAGCAUCAGGCCUACCCAUGACGAGACAGAGAACCCAAGCUGAAGUUUUGAGAAAUGCUGCAGCUUCUGAUGCAGCCCAGGGGACCACAGGAAUAUCAAGCUCCUACAACUUACGUGCCACAACAACAGGAUCCAGGCAGCCCAAUUCUGGCUUGCCAAAACCGCAGCCAAGUGGCAUACCGUCAGGCAUCCAGAGAACUACACUAGGUCUCAGGCCGCCAUCAGCAAGAAGCAAUGCACCAGCUUCUUCAAUUAUUGACAAACAACGUGGGCCUACAGCUACCAACCCUGUCACAAAGGCUCCACAAGCUAAGAAGCACACCUUAACAAGAGCUGAAGCUUUGCCGACAGCAAAGAGGAAGAAAACGGAUGCUCCAUUACCACUCAGUGGUUCUGAAGCCUCAUCGUCUUCCAGCGAUGCUGUAAACAAAGCCAAAAACCUGAAAGCACCUACAACUGGUCAGAGAGCUUUACCAGCUAAAACCCAAAGAGAUGAUGCUGCAGUGCCAGUCAGUACUGCUGAGACUUCAACCUCUUGCAAUGCUGCCAGCAGAGCCAGAGCCCUGAAACAGCCUGCAUCCAGCCACAGAGCUCUGCUCGUUAAACCCCAAGGACAUGGAUGUGCCAAAUGUGUCGCGCUUGAAGAGCAACUCAAAAUAAAAUCUGAAGAAAUAAGGAGACUGAAAGAAGAGCUGCUAAAGUACAGUAAACAAGGAGAAGAAUGCUGAAUGAUCCAAUAAAAUCCCUCUGUGAAUGUCCAAUAGCAUAUCUAUUGUUAUUUUUAAAAAAUGUUAAGUUACAGUUUCACUGUACAUAUGUUUUAUUCAAUAAAUGAAUUCUAAUUAUAUUAAAAAUACAUGUUACACUGCUUUACUCAAUGAAGGUAAUUUAACAUGAUUUAUUAUAUGUUAUGUGCAGUGCAGAAUAGUGGCUUUGGUUGGUCUAAUAUCAUUUGGUCACAGGAAAGUGUCACAAAACAGUGUUAUAUAACAUUAGUAAUCAUAAACUGAACCAUACAUACCUUUUUAAAAUGUGCUUAACCUUAACAAGUUCUAACUAAUCUACAAGAGUACUUACAGGACAUGAUGAAUCUCUGUAAAAACUACUUUUUCCAAUGCCAGAGUAAAUAAUACAGUAUAUUAAUGGAUAAUUAUGAAAUGCUGUAUAUGUGUGUGUAACAUUACUCUGUUCAUGUUCAUACCCUCUAUUAUGGAGUUUCACAUUUUGAAAAACAAAUCCUGUGGGCCAACUUCUUACUCUGAGACACCUGAUCUGGUCUUUAGAGUAUGUAUGUAUGUGAGGGAUGUGAAAUAAACAUGCUGUGAGACAUCUGAA